GUCACGAAACGAACUCGGGAAGUUAUAAGCUCACACUUCUUAUAUGGGAUGUUAACAAGCCCACAGCUAAAGAAGGAGUCGGUGACAUUGAAGAGAUCAUUGCUCGCAUUCGUACGGCGGAAAGCCAGGUAGUCAAACGGAAAUCGGGUGUGCGCGACGACGAUGACGACCCUGAGGAUCGAGGAUGCCGAGUAUUGUCGGCUGUUGUGAAAGCGUUCAGAGUGGGUUCACGCACUUAUCCAAGCAGGGCACAGGAAUUGCUCGAAGCAACGGAGAAAACGAUCUCCAAUGGUAUAGACAAACUAUAUUACAAAAUUGGACGUCACGAUCCCCACCUACCAAGCUUUGCACAUGAUCAGAAUAAUAUCGUCUGGCUCGCUGGAUCCAAAGAGGCUAGUGGUAGCUACCGAUUUGGUGUCCCUAGUUUCAUGUAUCCGUUCUUGUUAAAGAUGGGUGGCGACCCUGCGCGCCUUGAAGCCGCCAAACGGCCAGCCUACCAGCCAUCCCACAAACCGUCCCAAAGGACCACUCCCCUGGCUUCAUUCCUCCCACUCUCAACGUGGUCCCAAGAUAACGCCUUGCAGUACACCAAUCCAGAUUUGCGCGCAGUUCGUCAAGCACGCACCGAGAUUACUUGCCGCGAAGUAUCUGGUGCAUGGGGUCAACUCGAGCUAUCACCCCACUACAUUGCAGUGUUUGGACAAACAGGGUGCAAGGACGCAGAUACACAAGUGUUCGGACUUGAGUCGGAGGGCGAGCCGUUUGCUCUUGAGUCGGGGUUCAACCACACCACCAAACACGUCGCAUUCGAUGCCGGAGGAAUGUUAUGGAUGGGAGGUGGCGGACGUGAUAAGCGCAUCAAAGCUUUUGAUCUCACCAACGCCCAACCC